AUGAGAUUCUCCUCGCGGUCUAUCACGGCCGGGGUGGUGGCCAUCACCCUCGUGCUGUGUCAUCCAGCUAUUGCCAUUGAGAAUGGUUCGGAAAAGCUCGCUUCUUACCUAGCAGCACAUCCACUCGCAACCAGUUUGGCUCCUCCAGCAUCCAUCAGCAACAACACGCUCGCCCCAGAGCUCGUCGACUUAGUGCUCAGUCGUUGCCCAGCCGGAUGCAAUGAGUCCGGUUGGAACUCAGGCAACUGGACUCUGUAUUCCCGACUUGGACGAUUAUCAAUGUGUAACGAGACCAUGCUUCUCGACUUCAACCCCUCCAACUCUUUACGCAAGGACGAGACUGUCCGGGCCUGCACCGCAAGCUUUGCAGUUGGCAAAAGCAACGUCACCGGCAACAAUACGGCCCAAGGCCCGUCUUGCCUGCCGAAAUGCAGCUUGACCAAGGUUCAAGAGUCGCUGCAGCUAGCUUUCAAUGUGUCCAACACACCAGCUGAGUUGAAGGACUUUGUAGCCGCGUCAGAACAGCUAGCCUCCUCCUUGUCUCGGCGGGAGUCAAACAGCACCGACAUCACCUCCUUCACAUACUCUAACACGGUCGCUCUCGGUCUCUUCGCGGGAUCGGGAGUCCGUGACAUUCCGUCAUCAGUGCUGCGUCAGUUCAUCAGCAAGAUCGAGAAGGCUGGUUUCUCUAACAGCGUCGUUGCACAACUGUGUACGAAAGACGGCCGCAGUUCCCGAUACAGCUUUGGAAUUGCUUAUGCCGUGGCUACUUGGGCAUCCGGCGAGUGUAUCACUUCUUUCGACAAGAUGGAAGAAUGGCAAGACAUCACCUUGUCAGUCCCGAGUAUCUCCAACAACAGCACUGCUAGCUUUGGUAAUAGUACCCGUGCCAACAGCACUGCUGACACCAUCUCGUCGACGUCUGGCAAGUUGGCUAUGCUUCAUCGACGAGCUGAAUGUUCAACUAUUCAGGUUGUGUCCGGAGAUAGCUGCGCAAGCUUGGCGGCGGAGUGCGGCAUUUCCGCCAGCGACUUCACCACGUAUAACCCGGACUCGACGCUGUGCUCGUCUCUGCAAGUGGGACAGCACGUCUGCUGCUCGGCCGGAGAUCUCCCCGACUUUCGUCCGCAGCCCAACUCAGACGGGACAUGCUUCUCUUAUUACGUCGUGCCCGGCGACAGCUGCUCUUCCUUGGGAGCAGCCAACAGUCUGACCAAUGAUGAGAUUGAAAGCUUCAACACCCAGACUUGGGGCUGGCAGGGAUGCUCGAACGUGCAAGCAUACCAGUACAUCUGCCUCAGUACUGGUGCACCUCCGAUGCCAGCUCCCAUUGCCAACGCCGUGUGUGGCCCCCAGAAGCCCGGAACCACUCAGCCGGGAGCGGGUAUCGAUCUUGCCAGCCUGAAUCCUUGCCCCCUGAAUGCUUGUUGUAACAAACACGGCCAAUGUGGUAUCAACAAGGAUUUCUGUACCAUUUCUGAGUCAGAGACCGGCGCCCCAGGAACCUCGGCUGAGGGCGAGAAUGGCUGCAUCUCCAACUGUGGAACUGAGAUCGUCGUUGGAUCAGCUCCGGCCGAAGCCAUCAGCAUCGGCUACUUUGAAGCCUACAACUUGGACCGCCCAUGCUUGAACAUGAAGAUCACCGCGAUGGAUGUGACCCCGUACACGCACAUCCAUUUGGCAUUCGGCGUCGUCACGACCGGCACAUACGCCAUCGAUGUCAGCCAUAUCCAGGAACAGUGGGAGUUGUUCCAGCAAAUGUCUGGCUUCAAAAAGAUUCUUUCUCUCGGCGGCUGGGCUUUCUCGGCCGAGCCGGCGACGUAUUUCAUUUUCCGCGACGCCGUUAACCCCGCCAACCAGGACACCUUUGUCGCCAACAUCGUUGCAUUCGUGCAAGAUAAUGACCUGGACGGCAUUGACAUCGACUGGGAAUAUCCUGCUGCCCCCGAUAUCCCCAAUAUUCCAGCCGGCACAGCUGAGGAUGCUGCCAACUAUCUGACCUUCUUCACUAAGCUGAGAGCAGCGAUGCCUUCCGACAAGUCCGUGUCCUUCUGCGCGCCCGCUUCUUUCUGGUACCUCAAGGGCUACCAUAUUGAGGAAAUGGCAGAUCUGGCAGAUUACAUCGUCUACAUGACAUAUGAUCUUCAUGGCCAGUGGGACUAUUCCAACCAGUACGCAAUCGACGGCUGUCCAGAGGGCAACUGCCUACGUUCUCACACCAACAUCACCGAGACUCUCCUCGCUCUGUCAAUGAUCACCAAGGCCGGUGUGCCAUCCAACAAGCUCGCAGUCGGCGUCUCGAGCUACGGCCGAUCGUUUCAAAUGACAACACCCGGCUGCACCGGUCCCAUGUGCACAUAUACAGGCGGAGGCUCGGGGGCGUAUCCAGGACCAUGCACCAACACCGCAGGGUACAUCGCCAACGCCGAGAUCAAUUCCAUCCUGACGGGAACCGGAACCUGGAUGACAUCCUCUGGAGCUCUGCAGUCGAUCGAGUCGUACGAGUCGUACUUUGACGAAGACAGCCAGUCUAACAUUGCCGUGUACGACUCAACACAAUGGGUUGCUCAUAUGGAUGACGACCUGAAGGCAGACCGAAAGGCUCUCUAUGAAAGUCUUAACUUUGCGGGAAUUAUCGACUGGGCAAUCGAUCUGCAAGGCUUCGGCGGCGACAGCAUCGAUUACGGCUCCUCUUCGAACAUCGUGUAUCCUCCGCCUAGCAUCUGGAACUCUGACGAUCCGUUGGUAGGCUGCGAGCCUCCAUGUAUCGUGGUCUUCCCUCCAUACCCGCUCAGUGCCACUCAUACCGUCACUAGCUGGCCAGAUUUGACUACAACUCUCUUGUCUUCUGGAGCCGGCGGCGUGUACGUUGUGACAACGACGCUUCCUGUCCCGUCCUUCACCAUGACCGACGUCAGCCUCCAACCCCUUACGCUGCAAUCGACAGACACAGCGCACUACCAGAUCAACCCCGUACAAAGCAUUACCCCGUCACCUUUCGUGUAUACCCUUCCACCAAAUCACGCCACCUUUCCCAUUAGCUCCCCAACACCGGCAACUUCCUCCGACACGGAUGUGCCCUUGAUCAUCAUCCCCCCGGUCACAUUCUUUUCGACAUCUGUGCCCGUAACUAUCCAGCCUCAGCCGACCUACUCGGUAGACUACCCCGACCCAACGGUCCCUAUCCCGCCCGUCGCUGUCACGCCCACGCCGACCUCUUCUUCCACAGGUUGCACUGGAUCUGGCUGUGGGACUCGGGACUGCGACAUUUUCGGCUGUGACGGCGGCUGUGGACUGUUUGGCUGCGAUGGCGGAUGCGGAAUCUUUGGCUGCGGCGGAGGCUGCGGCGUCUUCGGUUGCGUGUCCAGCUGUCCUCUGUUGUCAUGCGGUGGCGUGGGUUGUCUGAUUCCAGGUGGGUGCGGAAACACGCAGGGAAUCGACGGCGGCGACAGCAGUGAGAACUGCGAGGAACCGGUGACGGCGUCGGCCUGCACUUAUCUCGUCACCAGCUACAGUGCUUGGUACAUGGAGUCUUCUACGCGGACAACUGAGGCAAGUCGAACAAUUGAGCAGACCAGCUGUGUGACGAGUACUGCUUGCAACGGACAAGAUACCGCGACAACCACGACACCCGGUAGCCCUGAGUGCACCAUGGAUCCCGACAUUGCGGCGGCUUUGUCAGCGGAACAAGCAGCCGAUCAGACCAUGAUUGAUGGGAAGCAGAUCCCGUUGGAGUUCGCUCCAACCAACCCAUCCGACUACGACGGAUCAACCUUCACCGCUAAGCAGUUCGGUCUUACGGAAACCAUUACUGUUAUCGCAACCUCGACCAAGACGACCACGCCGACCACCACAGUAACUGUAGUGGUUGAGCCAACUGCAAAGGCCGACUGUGCUUACUGGAUCACGGCCUUUGGCUGGUACACUUUCGAAGUAUAUAACAUCGACGGCUGGAGCACUGACGGCGGCUCCCGCCUCAAGUCUGAAGAAAAGGGUUGCGGCGCCCUGACCGGCUGGGACUGGCGCGAGCGCACCUCUUCCAAGUACGCGGGCGCCUAUUUCAACCUGCCGUUCUUCAUGAAAGACGGCUGUGUCGAGCGGGCCAUCGUGUCAGCCGGUGGGCCCAAGCUGUCAUGCGACUUCACGGGCUACGACAUUGGCGUUGCGUUCCUCCCGGCGAAGAAACGGUCCACUUCGGAGGAGAUGGUGGACAACCUGCCGGAGCUACGUCGGCGACAAUACGUCAGCGACACGCCCAGCCUGCCCAGUCGAUCGACGACGCAAAGCACGAUGUACUCGCAAGAGCCAACUUACUCGCCCGAGCCAUGGGGUCCUGGGGACACAGUCACUUUCACGACCACCAUUGAGUCCGUGACUAAGUCGACGUACACGACGGAGAUUGUGCUGGCUUCCAUGGGGACAACUUCGUCGGGAUCCUUCUCCUCCUCCUCCUCCUCCUCCAUGGUGUCAUUGACGUCCAGCAGCUCAACGUCAUCCUCGAGCUCUGCAACACCCUCCGCUUCAGCAAAUCCUUCAACUGACGGCCGUUGCGGUGCCGACUUUGGUGGAACAACCUGUGCCGGCUCCGGAUUUGGCGGCUGUUGUUCAGAGUAUGGCUACUGUGGCGACACGACAGAUCACUGCAGCACAGGCUGCCAGACGGCCUUUGGCUCAUGUACCGAGUCGGGGCUGGUGGUUUCGACGGACGGUACGUGUAGUUCGAACAGCGAUCCCGAGAACGCGACUUGUCUUGGGUCUGCUUUCGGUGACUGUUGCUCUGAGUGGGGUUACUGUGGAAGCACGAAUGCUUACUGUGGGACGGGAUGUCAGUUGGCAUUUGGCUCAUGUCCGGAAUCAUAG